AUGACGAACCCGUUCCAUGGUUCUGCACAUUACACGGAAUCAAACACACCUGCGGGAAGCUCUGGUCUUCUGCCGCGCCGCUUUUCCUACGCUUCAGUCGUUUCCGGAGCACCACCAAACCAUAACCCGCCCUACCUCUCCCAUCCCGGCCGAACUUCCGUCAUCUCCCAGAUCCUCAACAACUCCGACGACAUCACCUUCGAGCCGGCCUCGGCUUACCACGAUUCGAGCAGGAGCGGCGACAUGGACGCAGACAGGAAUGGUGCCAGUCUGAACGGCGCGUCCACGCGGUUGUCGCGGGGUGCCAACAACCUGCCGUCCUUUUCGAGGGUCUUUGAUAUGUUCAUGACGAACUCGUCAAGCGAGAAUGGGGGAUCAGGCGGCGCAAGUGGACACGGCGGUUUCUUUGUGCCAUCGUAUUUGACUGGAUCGACAUACGUACAGCGGCUAGAGGAGGCGCACUUUGCAAAGGUACAGGCGCAGAAGGAGUCCCAGACGGCCCAGGCACAGCCCGGCGGAAACCUGACGACGAGCGCGAGCAGCGUCAGUCUUCACAGCAAGCCGACUUCCCAUCGAGGAGUGAAUUACGACGUCAUUGAAAAGGCUACCGCGUUCGAGGACGAUGAGGCGUUUACCCCGUUACCUACGAGGUGGAAUAGGGACGACAAGUACGGUGCUCUCGAUAUUCUUUCAGACGGGCUCGAAGUUCGGUACAUUGGGCCCCGGGGCCAGACGGAGCGGGACCACGAGGCGUUCAGUAUACGUGCAGACAACCCUAUGCCUCCACAAUGCGGUAUCUAUUACUUCGAGGUUCAGGUUUUGUCUGGCAAAAGGGAUGACAUGACGAUUGGCAUCGGGUUCUCAGCCAAGACGGUGGCCCUCUCGAGACCUCCAGGCUGGGAGCCGGACUCGUGGGGCUACCACAGCGACGAUGGCCACUGUUACGCUGGGCAGAAUGGCGGUAAGAACUAUGGGCCUCCGUUCACUGCGUCUGAUGUGAUCGGCUGUGGUAUCAACUUUCGCACUGGCUGUGCUUUCUUCACAAAGAACGGCCACAUGUUGGGCACUGCUUUCCGCGAAAUCGGAAAGGGCAGCAGUCUCUACCCAACGGUCGGUCUUAAGAGGUCAGGAGAGCAUGUUCGUGUCAACUUUGGCCAAACACCCUUCGUUUUCGACAUUGAGGGCAUGAUGACGAAAGAAAAGGAGCGCAUCCAGAGAGAGAUCUCGGAGACAAGUACAGCAAGCUUAGCGCCAGCAAUGAACGAGACAGAACUGAUACAGGCGCUUGUCCUGCAAUUCUUGCAGCAUGACGGUUAUGUGGAAACAGCGAGGGCAUUCGCGGAGGAAAUCAACGCAGAAAAGAAGGCACUCAGUCUUGACCCGAAUGCUCCCAUUGAAGGAAUUAAUGUUAAGGACGACGAGCAUGCCAAUAAGCGGCAGAGAAUCAGGAGAGCUGUGCUAGAAGGCGACAUCGAUAGGGCGCUGAAGCACACCAACGCCUUUUACCCCCAAGUUCUCAAGGAUAACGAGCAGGUUUACUUCCGGCUUCGCUGUCGCAAGUUCAUCGAGAUGGUCCGAACGGCGGCCGAGAUGAGGGCUGCGUCAGAAUCCAAGAAGAGCAACGGUCACGGCGGUGAUCUAGGCGCCCAAGCCAUGGAUCUUGACGCUAAUGGCAACGAGAACGGCACGUGGGAUCAGAUGGACACUGAAGAUUCCAACGAACCAACUGUCGAUAUCAACGAGCUCGAGAUAGCAACUCUGCUCUACGGCCAGGAGCUUCACGCCGAGUUCAAGAACGACCCUAGGCGGGAGGUGACGAAGCACCUGGCAGACAUCUACGCGCUCCUUGCCUACGCAAACCCGCUCAAGGAGAAGGACGUUGCACACCUGCUGGAUAGGAAAGGUCGACUCGCGGUGGCAGAGGAGCUCAACUCCGCGAUAUUAUUAUCACUGGGCAAAUCCUCUCGUGCUGCGCUCGAAAAGGUCUACGCCCAGACGAGCGUACUUCUUGACGAUUUGCGGGAAAACGGCGGACCAGGCGCCUUUGUUUCCUUACAGGACGUCAUCGAAGAUAUCCCCAAGUCCCAGCCUUUCUAG